AUGGAAGCACCACUCUCCUCGCCGACCCUCAACGGCUCCUCGCGAACCCACCCCUCAUACUUCAACCCCUCGACAUCGACGACAUCCGCGUCAUCGUCCUACCGCACACAAUCGCAAACAGGCGCUCCCUCAGCCUCGAACACACAGGCACAGCCCCACCAAGUCCAAGCCCAAACCCAAGCACAAACACACGCCCAAUACGCACCCCAACAAUCCGCCGAGCCCUUCCUACGAGACUUCAACUUAGUAGCCGAGGCAGCGAAGCGUGCCCAAAUGGCCGUCCUAAUGCGCGACUUGGAAGCCGUGGGCAUCUAG